AUGUAUGCCUUUCGUUUCUUUAAAAUCGGUAGCGACAAAGACAAAGGCAACGACAAUGGAGGAUCGAAGGGUGGUGAUGAUAAUGGCGGAUCCAAGGGUGGCAGCAUUGAUUUAUCGAGAGGUGGCAGCAUUAAUGAUAUUUCAACAGGCAAAACUCCCAAGCAUCGAAGCACGGACAAUACCUUCACGUCCCGUACUCCCAGCCUCUUCCGAAGUACCAGUACUAGAGCAGGCGACCCCAUCAUGUUCUCUUAUUCUACCGUUCGAAGGAAGCCUCCACCGGUCGAGAAGACGCUCGAAUGCACACUUGAAGAUCUUUUGCAUGGCUGUGUUAAGAAGAUCAUGCUUACAAGAGAAGUCCUUGCAGAUAAUGGAAUCAUGGUGCAAGAAGAGGAAUUGCUACGUAUAAAAGUAAAACCAGGAUGGAAGGAAGGCACAAAGAUCACAUUCGAAGGGAUCGGCGACGAGCGGCCCGGCAUGCUCCCGGCCGACGUGAUCUUUUCCAUAUCAGAGAUACAACAUCCACUAUUCAAGAGAGAAGGCAAUGACUUAGUUCUCACACUUCAAAUUCCAUUAGUGAAGGCUCUCACAGGGUGCACGCUUUCCAUCCCACUACCUGGUGGGGACAAGAUGAGCUGUUCAUUCAAUGAAAUCAUAUACCCGGGCUACGAAAAGAUCGUGGCGGGCCAUGGCAUGCCGAUCGCCAAAGAGCAUGGCCUGCGGGGCGAUCUACGGAUCAUAUUCGAUGUAGAAUUCCCAAAAAAAUUGAGCGAAAAAAGGCGAAGGGAUGUGUUUAGAAUUCUCCAAGAUGGCGCGUGAUCGCCAUUUUUUUUUUUCUUUUUUGUUUGAGUUUUUUUUUUUUUUUUUGAAUUUUUUUUUCCCGGUAAAUUGUAGCAUGUAUAUGCAUAUAAGUAUUAUGUAACCGUUGCUGAUUAUAUGUGUGUAGAUUUUAAAAUGUGGCCCACUUAAUGUAUGUUUGAGCC